AUCGCGACAGAAGCUGGAAGAGGAGGAGGAAGAAGCGGCCGCGGCGGCGGAGGGGCUCCGGCUCUGCCCAGUUGGCCGUUCAAGCUGCGAGAUGAGGCCGCAGCAGCCUCCUGUGGCCAGCAAGGUCUUCAUCCAGCGGGACUACAGCAGUGGUACCAAGUGCCAGUUCCAGACCAAGUUCCCUCCAGAGCUGGAGAACCGGGUCGACAGGCAGCAGUUUGAAGAAACCGUGCGGACGCUCAACAAUCUCUAUGCCGAAGCAGAAAAGCUCGGGAGCCAGUCGUACCUCGAAGGGUGUCUGGCCUGCUUGACCGCCUACACUAUUUUCCUGUGCAUGGAGACACACUAUGAGAAGGUUCUGAAGAAAAUUGCCAAGUACAUUCAGGAGCAGAAUGAGAAGAUAUAUGCCCCGCAGGGCCUCCUGCUGACGGAUCCCAUCGAGAGAGGGCUGAGAGUUAUUGAAAUUACGAUUUAUGAAGACAGAGGCGUGAGCAGCGGAAGAUAAACCCCUAAUAUCCAAGGGUCCACCGUGUUUCUCCCAGCAAACGCCCCGACUUCCCCUGUCGUAGCCUCAUUCUUUCCUGCUGUCGCCAACUUCACAGUGCCAUCGACCAUAAGGACAGAUUCUCGAAAUCCUCCUCUCCCUCCGUGGGAAAACCCUGGGAGCUGGCCAGCAUCCAUUUUGUGUCCCUCUCUGAGCCUGAAAAGGUACCUUGUCCAGGUAGCUACUUCCUAAGGUGAAGCUGAACUGCUGUAGACAUUGGGUAUGAGACCAGCCAGAAGACACCUGAGAGCGACCUGGCUCCCUCCACAGGGCCUGGCUUUUUACCGGCUUGUCAGAAAGAAAUCUGCCCUGUGGCCAAGGAAGCAAUGUUUCUGAAAAUGAAGGCCAAGUACACGAAGAGGGAUGUGGUGUCCUUCUGUCUACCAAGAAGAGACUCAAAACAAAUACCAUCUGGAGCUGAAGGUGCCCUCGGCAACAAGAAAGCAUGGAGCGGGCUGCAGUGUUUGAUGCUCAGCCCGGAGCUGGCAGAAUCUUUGACAUACGGAGCCUCUGGUUCUUGGUGUUGUUUCAAGAAAGCCAGACGGUAAACCGCUUGUUUUGUUAAAUGUCAGGAAGUGUGGCAGACAAAAUGUGUGCUGAACCAGUAAAUGUUCCCAUCCCUGCUCUCUGCCCCUUUUAAGUGUUGAAUAUGUGAACUAGAUGAUAAAUGGCUUUCCCAGUGUGUUAGAAGUUAAACGUUUUAGGGCCAGGCAGUCACUUGACUAGAAAUGGUGUUUUGACGGUGCUUUCUCUGUCCUCUCACAAAGUGCAUCUCUGCAGCCAUAGUACUUCCACUUGCAUUCAACAUUCCUCCAGCAAUGCUUGCAAAAAUAUAUGGAACCUUUAAUCUUCUGAAUUGAUACCUUCUGCUGAAUCAGAUGUCUAAUUCCCUCUCCUUUAAUCAAAGCGAUCCUUUCGGUAUGUAAGAUGAGUAGAAGCUAGCAGAGGAACUCAGGUGCUGGGUGGUCACCAUCUCCUUAUGCCCGGGAAUGCAGGGUUUUGCCAAACAAGGCCACAUACAAAAUAAGAGGAGUGUUUUGACUUUUUUUGAAUGACACAAGAGAUGCCAAAAGCAGAUCACAGUUUCCAGAUGGGUAAUUCUUCGAUUCCUGCUCCUUGCUGGUUUCUUUAUCCUUCCCUCUGAGUCUGGUUAAUAUUUUAAGUGUAUAAACUCCAGAUUUUUUCUAAUCUGUAACAGUGUUUUGCCUUUUGCACCCGUUACAAUCAGUUUUCAGAAAUAUUAAUGGAUUAGUAAUUUUUUUCUUAAAUAAAUUGUUAUUUACUAGCA